AUGGUGCGGCUGCCGGACGAGCCAUCUGCCACCGAACCUAAGGUCCAGGAGGAGCCUGAGAAGAAGAGCGGCAUGUCCAGGGCGAGGGACAGACUUAGCAAGAACCUCUCCAUCGCCAUGCCUGUGAAGCCCCCGGAGUCGGCGACAAAGAAGAUUGACAAGAUCUUCCGCACGCUCAAGCCCGGAGAGUCGAUCAACAACACCUACAACUUCGAAGAGGAGAUCUACAGCGGCGGCUGCAAAGGCCGCGUCUUGGUUGCAAAGCGAAAAACGGACGGUCAGGAGGUUGUCGUGAAGAUUCGUGCGAAGCAGAACAAUAGGAUGAACGAGCGGAACUGGCGCACCAUCAUGGCCCAGAUGCACGGGAUCUCCACCAGUGACCACGUGCUGGGUUUCUCCGAGAUCGUGGAGGGCGAGAACGAGUUCUUCGCCGCUUGGCUGCGCGCGUGCAAGCGCUUGCGCCGGAUAUAA